CAUACGAAUGCCGGCUGAUCGGCACUUGGUUAUUUUUACCGCGUACACGUAGGAGCGUACACGCGAGAAGAGUCUCCUUUGAAUCGGUUUCUUGAAUCAUCAUCUUUCCUUCGCGAUCAGUGAUACAUACAAAAGUGUGCUAAGUGAAUUUACCAAUUCAACGAUUUUCUCCAAAUCCUUAUAAUCUUUUUAUCACUUUACUGAGUAAUUUUUUGUCCUCUCUAAAAAUAUAAACCAACAAUAAGAAGAAGAUAUCGAAAGCAGCUUCGAGGAUUUAAAUUACGCGGGUAAUCGGUGAUCUUUAAAACGGAAUUUAGAUCAAUGCGAUAUGCAUCCUACGAGAAUUUUUAAACAAAACAUUCUAUUUUAAGCGCACGUGUACCCGUUUAUUGUUAGAUUUCAUUGAAACAAACGAAAAUGACGUUGUCAUCAUCGUGUGCGUUCAUCGACACUCUCGUUAAGGAAUACCGCGAAUUUUCGAAAAAGGGAACGCAUAAUAAUCUAUACGAUUAUCUUGACUGAAAAGAUCUAAACGACAAGACAAAGAGGAUACAAGGAAAGAUAAAAGAGAGAGAGAGAGAAAGAGAGAGGGUGAGGGUUGGAGGGAGGAAGGGAGAGAAAGAGAGAGAGAGACCGAUCAUAUGGUCUAAUUUUAAUGCGAGUUGUUUUACCUUAGUGACCUAAAAAUAUCAGUGAAAUUCGAUUAGCCUAGAGCCUGCCUUCUCCGUUGCUUGCGGCAUGUGAGACUAUCUAGCUAAGUAUUUUUAGGAAAAACUCUUCCAACAUUUUCUCGUAGUAGGGAACACAUUUUAUUCGGGAUUACACAGUAUAGAUAUAUAUCAUUUUGGCUCAUCCUUUUACUUUUAGAACGAACAUAAUAUACAUUAAAUGAUUUUCAAAGAGAAUAUUAUUUUUUUUACUCGAUUAAACGAAAUGCAUCGUUCGAUUAAUCGUUCGAUCAUAUACAAACCAAUUCGUAAAUUAUUAUUUUUUUGUUUAAGAAACGAAAUAACGAUUUUUAUGGGACAACACAGUAGUAAAGUGAAUUAUUCCGAUUAAAAUAUAUGUUUAUUUGCGUUCAUAUUUAGAAAUCAUUUGAAUGACUUAUGAACGCGUAGAAGAGAGUAAUGGGAAGUAGGGUAGAAUCGCAUUUGAAUAUAAUAAACGAGAGAUCAGUUAAGACGCGAGUGUCAUCGUCGUCAUCGUCAUCGUCAUCGUCAUCGUUGUCAUCGUCGUCACCCUCGUCGUCAUCAUCGUUGUCAUCGUUGUCAUCGUCGUCGUCCUCGUCGUCAUCGUCAUCUUCUUCUUCAUCGUUAUCGUUAGAAGAUAAAACUGUUCGUGACGAUUUAAUGGAAAGAAAACGUGUACCAACAAAGGUGAAGAAAGAAGAGGCUGACGAGGAGAUAAGGGAAUAUGCAGCAACGGCGAUGAGCGAAUUAUUGGGAUGGUACGGUUAUGAGAAAGUUGAUAGCGGUUACACCAGAGGCUUAAAUCUCGAUCAUUUUGCACCGGUUGCAACUUCGAAACAUCCCUUGCCUCAAAUGGAUCGACAAUUUCUAUUCGAUGGAAGUUCGAGAUCACCGAUGGCCACGAAUCAUCAUCAAUCGGUUUUUUCUCAUUCACUGCGAACGAAAUUAACGCCUUCGUAUUAUUCUAACGAUAUUUUUAAGAAUAACGAUAAAGUUACGGCAAGUCCGUCGUUACAAAUCAAAACUGUCCUACCAUCUACUUCAAGAUUACCUUAUCACAACGAUUCAACUUCCAGUAGCCCAGAUGAAAUGACGGAGGUCGGGCACAGAUUGAUAUCCUGUUCUUGGUGCGGACGAAUCGGUGAAACGUGGGAACCGGGAAGAACGAAUCCACUUUCUUGCGGUAUGGUCAGUGCUUUGGGACAAUUUUGCAGCGAAGCUUGUUUCGCAGCCGGCCGAAGAGCAGCUUUUAAAAGAGCACGUACGUGCGAUUGGUGCAGACACGUUAGAAAUCCUAUCAGUUACGUCGAUUUUCAGGACGGCGAAAGUCAGCUUCAAUUUUGUAGCGACAAGUGUUUGAAUCAAUACAAGAUGAACAUAUUUUGUCGAGAAACCGAGACGCAUCUAGCCCUUCAUGGAUUAACAGCGAUUCCACCUAGCGAUUCUGGAAAGGGUGGUGGUGGUUGUGGUGGUGGUAGUGGUGCAUUAAUCACCCCCGAACUUUGGCUUCGGAACUGUCAAUCGCCUCGUAGUUCGACGGAAGAAAUUUUGAUCGUCGACGACGAGUCGAUCAGCAGGCUCUCGCCUCUGUCACAAAACGCCGAAAUUGAUCGUAAGGAAUCGAUAGAUCUCCCAAAAUCUGACAAUUUGUCUCUCAAAUUGAUAAGAAGAAAUUCGUUUUGCACGCGAACGGACGUCAACAACGCGACGUCGAGAUCGAGAACGAUGACUACGACGACGACGACGACGACGACGAGGAAGAUGGAAAACACGGACGAGAAGACGAAAGACAAUAGUGAAAGUGUUCGCGAAACUAUUAAAGAAUCUUUUAAAGAUCGUGAAUACGAAAAGUAUUAUCAUUGCGCUAACGAUCGUAUGCAUUGUAGAAUUCCAUAUACGGAUUCGAAUCUUUUAAAUUUGAGCCAAUCGAGAUCAUCUUCCGUUGAUCAUACCAAACAACAUGUAAUAGGAAACAUCAUGGACGAUGAAUUACACGACAGGCAUAAGAUAUAUAAAUCUGUUAUAGAAGAUAAAAGUGAUAUACACCUGAAGGAUAUUAAAGGAUUGCGUGGUAGAGAAUCGUCGAGAAAUUGGGAUAACGUUCGUUAUUCUCAGCAAAGGAAAUUACGGAAAUCUUCCUCUUGGAUUCCAGAUACGUCUUCGUCACCGAUACAAUCCGAAGCAAUACCCUCGCCUGGUUCUUGCAUCGACGAAUCAAGGCAACAUAAAUAUCACUCGGAUUUGAAAAUAUAUCCCGAAACGGCAUCGGUUAAUCCCAUCCAAUCUCAAUUCUCGUCUCAAACUUCCUACUCGUCGUCGUCGUCGUUAUUACCUCCCGUAACGAUACUCGUUCCUUAUCCAAUACCAAUACCAAUUCCAGUUCCUAUACCGAUACCUCUUCCAGCCUCGGUUUUUGCCAAAUUUAUUCCGGAUAAAGAUACAUCAUUGAAUAAUACUGAUUCCGAUAGGAAGAGUUCUACCUCGGACAAUUUAACUGAUAGUGUUAUAUCUACGACUGAUCAUACGACGUCGAUAAAAACUCAAUCACCGGUAACUCCGGUAACGGACAAGUGUCACUUCAACGUGAUUUCUUCUUCAAAUAGCGACAGUGAACAUUCUAACGCGUUAUUGAACAAAAACAACCUUUCCAAAAGUUCAACGAGAUCGUUGAGAAAGAAGAAACGCGUUAACGAGGAUAACGAAAGUACAGAUCGUCAGCCAAAGAGAAGAAGUAAAUUUCUAACCACAUAGAAACUUUAUAUUUCUCAAGUGUUUUAGAACAUUUUUAUAUCGUUUAGAUUCAAUUGUCAUUAAAGUAACUAUUUUGAAGAUGA